GUUUCAAUACGAUACCCGUAUGAUUUUCUUAUCACAUAUGUAAUUAUUAUUAUUUUAUAAUAAAUUCAAUUGCAAUAGUUAUUUUUUCACUUUUACUAAAAUAAGUGUAAUCUAGGUGUAUUAACUAUCGUUAAAUUAGUCUUUGUAUUACAGUUCAAGUUCACUGUUCAUGAAGAUAAUUGAAUAGCAGUAGACCAACUUUCAAAAUGUACAAAAAAAAAUUUAUACAUUUGAUCAAGUUUAUUUCUGUUGAACCUACGAUGUGGUUAUAUAUGAUGGCCUAUAUGAUUACGUCUAUUGUUGAACAAGCAUUUUUCAUUCAGAAAGCUUGUAGCGCUGAUCUUGGAUAUUCUGAAUUGAUUUGUUCAAACUUAAACCGAGAUAAAAACAAGCAGAUUAAGGAAAAAGUACAGGUUAUUGUUUCAGAAUUUCAUCAAUGGAAUAAUAUUGCUGGUCAUACUAUUCCGAUUAUUUUAGCUAUGUUUAUUGGUAAUUGGAGUGACCGUUAUGGGAGAAAAUUACCAUUAAUUAUCGGACUAAUUGGAAAAUUUAUAUAUUCUUUUAUGAUUAUAAUCAACUCAGUUAUACCACAUUGGAGUUUAAAUAUGAUUACAUAUACUGCUACUCUUCCGAUGGGCUUACUUGGAGGCGAUAUUUCAAUUUUUGCAUCUUGUUUCGCAUAUAUUUCUGAUGUUUCAACGACAAGAAAUAGAACAUUCAGAAUAACGAUUUUGGAUGUCGUUUAUCUUAGUGCCAUGCCCACUGGCGUAGCUGUUGGAUCAUUUAUAUUUUCCUGUUUUAAUUUUGCUCCUUAUACCUUGAUGUUUGGUAUAAAUUCUAUCAUGGUAAUAUUAGCCAUAGCAUAUUCGUUGUACAAAUUGAAAUGGCAGACUUCAGAUAAUCAAAUUAGAAUAAGUUGGAAUAGUAUAAUAUUUGACUUUUUUGAUAAAAAUCACAUACUAGAAACAUAUAAAACGCUUCUUAAGAAGCGUCAAUUUCGUGGUAGAACAUAUUUGUGGAUUAUUUUAUUUUGUAUGAUAUUGUACACAUUUCAAAGAGAUGAGAAGCCAAUCAGUUAUUUGUAUACACAACUAGUAUUCAAUUGGGACGUUGUAGAAUUCAGUCAUUUUCGGACGUUUUACUCGGGUUUAUUUGUAACAGCUAUGCUAGUGACCGUUCCAAUAAUGAACAAAUGUAUUUUGCUGGAAGAUAGUUAUAUUGUGAUGAUUGGAACUAUUUCUCAUGCCAUUGGUAGGAUAGCUUUUGCCUUAGCACCAAUUUGGCAAAUUUUUUAUUUUGGUGCCAUCAUCGCAGCUCUAGGUCCAAUUGCAGCGCCAGCUUUAAGAUCGAUCGCUUCAAAAAUUGUUCCUGUAGAAGAGCGAGGAAAAAUAUUUUCAAUUUUAUCUGUCUGCGAUAAUGCUGUUCCUUUGGCAAGUGGUGUUAUGUACACUCAACUUUAUCAAGCUACGAUUAGUACGAGACCAAAUAGCAUAUUCUGGCUCACGUUUAGCACACAAUGCGGUGUUUUCUUUCUUAUAAUGUUUAUUAAGAUUUUUUUGGAUAUAAAAAGUUAACUUCAAAUAAGACGAACAAUGAACCAAAAAAUAAUCUAUUAGAUAAUUUGCCAAAUGUUAUAUGUGAAACAUUGCUUUUGAAGUUGUAAAGGAAUAAUAUCUUUCAAAUUCAUCGAACAUAGGUUUUUAAAAUUUUUAAUUUUUUCUAAUAAUAAUAAAAACUGGAAUUCAAGACAAAAUUUGAAUAAAAUAAAAUGAGACCAGAUAAUGAAAAGCAUACAGACGUAAAUAUUCGAUUUUCCUUAACCAUAAUGAUAUAAAAGUAUUAAAAUCAAGCCUUAUAUAAUGGAAAAUAUAAAAUCAAAUUGAAAAAUUGUAUUAAAUAACAGAAAAAAAUCAUAACCACUUACUUGUCACCUGAUUUAAUUGAAAUAUCUUCGAACUAACUUAAUCAGGCCGGAUGUUAAUACGAGUAUUAAUUAUUUGUCAUUUAUUGAUUUAUUUUUAUAUUAAUGUUUGUCAUAGUAUAUAGAUUUUGUUAGUAUGAAGAUCUGUUUAUACUGUAAACUCUA